CACCAAUAGGUACACGAAUGAUGAGCAAUGGACACUGGGAACUGGAGCCAGGUAACAGAGUUCAUCAUUUUGGGCUUCCCUCACCUCCAAGGUGUCCAGACUUACCUCUUUUUCUUGUUGCUUGCAAUUUACCUUACUACAAUAUUAGGAAACCUACUGAUAUUCUUGGUGGUCCACAUGGACUCUCGGCUCCACACACCCAUGUACAAGUUUGUCAGCAUUCUUUCUAUCUUGGAGCUUGGCUACACAGCUGCCACCAUCCCUAAGAUGCUGGUGAACUUGCUCACUGAGAAGAAGACAAUUUCCUUUUCUGGAUGCCUCCUGCAGAUUUAUUUCUUUCACUCUCUUGGAGCUACCGAGUGCUACCUUCUGACAGCAAUGGCAUAUGACAGGUACUUAGCCAUCUGCAGGCCCCUCCACUAUCCCACCCUCAUGACCCAGACACUCUGUACCAAGAUUGCUAUUGGCUGCUGGUUGGGAGGCUUGGCUGGGCCAGUGGUGGAAAUUUCCUUGGUGUCUCGUCUUCCUUUCUGUGGCCCCAAUCAUAUUCAACACAUCUUUUGUGACUUCCCUCCUGUGCUGAGCUUGGCUUGUACUGAUACAUCAGUCAAUGUCCUGGUAGAUUUUAUUGUAAACUCCUGCAAAAUCCUGGCCACGUUCCUGCUGAUUCUCAGCUCCUACCUGCAGAUAAUCCGCACCGUGCUCAGGAUUCCUUCUGCUGCUGGCAAGAGGAAGGCCUUCUCCACAUGUGCCUCCCACCUCACUGUGGUUCUCAUCUUCUAUGGCAGCAUCCUCUUCAUGUAUGUGCGGCUGAAGAAAAGUUACUCCCUUGACUAUGACCGAGCCUUGGCAGUAGUCUACUCUGUGGUUACCCCUUUCCUUAACCCAUUCAUCUACAGUUUGCGAAACAAGGAAAUCAAGGAGGCCCUGAAGAAGCAGCUGAUGAGAGCAGGGAUAUUGGCAUGAUACAGAAUGAAGGUCAAGGACAGAUUUGAUGAUGGCUGAGGGAGAGUCAGAGGAGAAAUAAAGUCUCUCAUUCUUCUCUGUGUCAGGGAUUGAAGGAGAGGCAAGGGCUGCUGGCCUUUGGUGUUAUCAUCGCCAUUACAAUAUCUGCUGGAACCACAAUCAGCUUGACCCCAGAGACUGCAAAGUAUACACACUUUCCUAACCUCAGAUAUUUGUGAAUCAUGCUUAGAAAUUUUGCCAAAUAUAUU